GACUGUGGGUGGACACGACCAAAAAAAUCCCAAAGCAGACACUAAACUCUCUAUACUGCGGCGGACUGCUAUUUAAGGCUGACACAUUCUAUCCGAAUACUUUGCCUCCUGGGUUCUUUAAAGUCAACGUUCCUCUCGCCCUACCGUGAGAAGUGCAAGAAAUGCUCUGAACAUCUCUGUGGCUAAUGUAGUGCAGCAUGAAAAACAAGGGAAGCGGGGACACUUUGAAAGUCAUUCCGCCGGUCGGUUCGAACUGUGCUGCUGCCGCUUAUUUUCUCCUUCUGAAACACUGAUGACGUUUGCUCCGAUUGUCCACAUUUUUGGGGAUUUUAUCGAAAUAUCCAUAAACAAAUAAAAGAUUUAAAAGAAGAAAUCCAAAAUCAAGUGUCAUACCCCUUUUGGAUCCUGGAUAUGAAAGAAGGCUAACUGGAGAAAUACUAUUCGUGUGAGACAUGGAGACUUACUUCGGAUGUUGCAGGUGUCCUGGAGCACAUCGGAGGUAUUAUGGAGAUUCAGCUGGAGGAGAACCCGUGGAAUUGCACAUGCGAUCUGAUUCCGCUGAAAGCUUGGCUGGAUACCAUAUCGGUUUUUGUGGGCGACAUCGUGUGCGAGACACCCUUUAGACUUCACGGGAAGGACAUUACACAGCUAAUAAGGCAAGAUUUUUGCCCCAGGAAAAACUCCGGCGAUUCUGGCCAGCGCGUAAUGAAACCUCCGACGGAUUCCCAAUACCAAGAUCCAUUCCCGACUGUACUCACGGGCUUUACGCAAGCAAAAGCACCAAAGGCGUCCCGGCCUCCGAAAAUAAAGAAUCGGCCGACGAACAGAAUGACAGAAUCCAAUAAGGACAUGCAAGUAUUUGGACCCAUAAUGGUUUAUCAGACAAGGUCUCCUGUGCCCAUAGUUUGUCCCAAAGCAUGCGUCUGCACGCCACAGAAACCGGACAGCGGGUUAGGCAUAAAUUGCCAAGAAAGAAAACUGCACAAUAUAUCAGACCUCCAGCCUAAACCAUCCUAUCCAAAAAAACUCCUUUUAACUUCAAAUUACUUGCAGACCAUUUAUAGCACCGAUCUUACUGAAUACGGAUCACUGGAGCUCCUUCACCUGGGGAACAACAGAAUAGCAGUUAUUCAGAACGGAGCCUUUAAAAACUUAACUAACCUACGCAGACUUUAUCUUAACGGUAAUUACAUUGAAAGCUUAUCUCCAUUUUUGUUUGAGGGACUUCAGAGUUUACAGUAUUUAUACUUGGAAUAUAAUAUUAUAAAGGAUAUAUUACCGAAAACGUUCAACUAUUUACACAAUCUACAGUUGCUAUUCUUGAACAACAAUUUGUUGAAGUCAUUGCCUGAUGAUGUUUUUAGUGGGACAAUGCUGACACGGCUGAACCUUAGAAACAACCACUUUGCCCAUUUACCAGUUAAGGGUGUAUUGGACCAGCUUUCCGCAUUUAUUCAGAUCGACCUUCUGGAAAACCCAUGGGAUUGUACUUGUGAUAUUAUAGCACUUAAAAACUGGAUGGAAUUGUCCAGCACCAGCGUUGUAGUUAAUGAAAUCACAUGCGACUCUCCUUCUAAACAAGCGGGAAGGCUUCUUAGGGCACUGCGAAAUGAUGAAAUUUGCCAAGAAAAUGACAUAGGGACCAGAACACCCAAAGUCAUUACAAGCUCCUCGGCUGAUUACACUGCGGGCGUAACUACAGACAGCAUAUAUGAUAUGCAACCAGAAGUGCCAUUGUCUGUUUUGAUCCUAGGUUUAUUAAUCGUCUUCAUUCUUUCAAUUUGUUUUGGUGCGGGAUUAUUCGUACUGAUACUUAAGAGACGCAAAGGAGUUGACAAUUUGCCAGCAAAUGCUAAUAACUUUGACUUGAACGUUUUCCAGGUCCCUUACCGUUCGUAUAACACAGAAACUACUGCGGAUAAGUCGAAUACCCACGUUCAUAAUUACCUUCCUGCGCCUGUGGGUCAAAUGAGUCAGAACCCAAUUUAUCUGCAAAAAGAAGGUGAUCAAUUAUCUUACUACAGAAACAUAAAAGAAGUGAGCUUCAGAAACCUGGAUAAUAAAAAGGAUGAGCAAUCGGUAAGUCCUGCAUAUACAAUUAGCACAGCCGGAUUUACCAAAAAGCAAUCCAACGGGACGGGAGAUGCGGAGUUACUCUACCAGAAUUUUGUGGAACGGGAUCCAAAAUUUUCAACUGCAGGGGAAAUGAAGUAUACUUUUUACGCAUUGCCGAAAGCACUUUCUACACCCAUAUACGAACCAAAUAAGAGCCACGGGCAAGGCCGUUUAAAUAAGAACAAGUUGUCCACAAGUUGUACAAGGAAAUAUACAGAACAAACCAAUAACGAACACUACCGCCAAACCUGGAAACGCAGGACGGUACCAGACUACCUCGAAGUUUUGGAGAAAUACACAACUACCAGUCAUUUGUAAUUACUUCCCCUAUACCGCAGUCUAAAUAUUGCUCUCUCUAACUGUGAACUGUUGAAUGUACCUCACUCCUCAAAGGAGAAGCUCCUUUUCGAGCUUUGUAAAUUAGUGAUUGUUAAGAAUGAUAGUUACUCUGUUAAAAAUGAAAGUACUUGGUAGCAGCAGCAUGUUAUUUUUAUCUCUUGCAAAAAUUAUAUUUUAGAACUCUGAGAGACGGGAAUAAUUCCGCAGUACUUAGUAGCAUUUCAGUGUAGGUUAUCGGAAUAAUACUGCAUUUUAUUUGUCGCUCUUUACAUAGGCCGACGUUCUUGAUGUGCCUAAGGACUUAACGUAGCUUAUGCCGGUGUGUCUGCGCCUGCGUGUUUUGAUGUGUCCUAUGUUAUGAGAGCAGUACAGCUGCUCUCUGUGUUAAAUGGAAUUAAUGGCUGCAUUAUUAGUAUACUUAGACAUUUAGUAUAAGCCGGUGCCUUUUUAAAGUACAACAUCGUGAAUAAAACUUACCUUAGAAUGUUAUCAAGUUGAUAUACAGUGCAGGAAGGUCCGUCAAAGUUUUAAUGCUUCCAUGUGUUUAGCUUUUAUAUAACCACAGGUUGGAUUUCAUGAAGCAAGUGAAGCAUUUUUGAAUGGUGUAGUAAUGGAACACUAUGGGUAUUAUGUUAUGUUUUUAAACAAGUAGUUUUGGCAGCGUUUGGUUGGAUUGCACUGUCAAUGUAGAACAGUGAUAUAAUAUGUAUGUAUGUAUGUAUUAUUAUUAUUAUUAUUAUUACAAUUAUUAUUAUUAUUAUUAUUAUUAUUGAAUUAAGUGUGGCAGCUGCUAAUUUCACAAAUCAUUCAUUCAGUCAUUCAUUAUGUUGCGUUUUGGUAAUACUUUGCAGCAAAAUAUCACUAAUUAUCCAUCAAGCACCUGCUUACCUUGGUUGGGCUUGGGGGGAGGGGGGUCAAAUUAAUUUAUUAUUUUAUAUUCUGCUAAUUAUACAGGCUUUUUAUACCCUAAUUUAGGUUCAUCCAAAUUCUCCUAAGGCAUAUCAGCGUCAUCAUGCUUAUGUUUAGAUCUAAUUUGCCCAGACAACCUUACACUGAUGAUGACGAGGAUGAUGAUGAUCAUGAUAAAGGUCGUCGCUGUAAUAUUUUGUAAAAUUAGCGUUUAAAUGCCAGUAUAUUUUUCUUUUACAAACUUUGUGAAUUUAAAAAAUGAUCAUAAUAAAUAAUAAAAAGUUUUUUUUUUUUUCAAUAUGUGUCUUUAACGCUGGAGUAUUUUCAUUUCCAGACCAGAGAUCUGUAAAUUCUGUUUAAUCUUCAAGGAAUAUGCGGCCAAAACAUGUUCCAAGGCACAGUGGCAAACCUUUAUCUUUGCACACAAAAUACUGGAACUGACUUUUUAUGAAUAUGCAUUUGUGAAAACAGAGUUUCCUUUAAGGAUGAUCCUGUACAUACUAAAAACCUAUAGAAAUUGUAAUUUAGUCUUGGAAUUGGUGUAGCUAAAAUGUGUGUGGACAAAGCUCGCAAAACAAUAAAAAAAAUAAGGAGAGUGCUCUGGAUCGCUACGCAUUAACUGUUUUUAUUUUGAAUUAUUUUUUUUCUUCAGUGGAUCCGUAUAAAACAAUGUGCCACAGUAUGAUAGUAUAAGUCUUCAGGUUUUACGUUUUGGGCAAACACUGAUUGUGUAUUUAAAUAAAUGCUAUUUAUAUAUCUUCGAAGUGGAAUCUAUUACAUAUUUUCUUUUCCUCUGAAUAUGUGUACUUUUAAUUGAAAUACAUCAUUAAAAAUGAUAGUUGUGCAAA